AUGAAGAUGGAGGCGGCGGGCAAAGCAGAAGAGCUUGUUGAUUUGGAAGUACCACCAAAGACUUCUGAAAAGCAAGAGACUGCUCCCGAUGAAGACGGACCUAUAGAACUGGAGACGCCGACUCAGAAAGACCCCGCGCCUGCCGCAGCAGACUCCGCGGUGCUCUCGUCAAUGCCUUGCUUGCUGAUGGAGCUGAGGCGAGACUCCUCGGAGUCUCAGCUGGCCUCUACGGAGAGCGAUAAGCCCACGGGCGGUCGAGUUUACGAGAGUGACUCUUCUAAUCAUUGCAUGCUUUCCCCUUCUUCCAGCGGGCACUUGGCUGACUCUGACACGUUGUCUUCCGCAGAGGACACUGAGCCCUGUCAAGCUGAAGCUGCAGUAGAGGGAGACCCGUCUGCGGUGUCUGGGGCCUCAGUUGGGAGGAAAUCCAGGCGCUCCAGGUCCGAAAGCGAGACUUCGACCAUGGCCGCCAAGAAAAACCGACAGUCUAGUGAUAAGCAGAACGGUCGAGUGACCAAGGUAAAGGGCCACCGAAGCCAAAAGCACAAAGAAAGGAUCCGGCUGCUAAGGCAGAAACGGGAGGCGGCUGCUCGCAAGAAGUACAACCUGCUGCAGGACAGCAGUACCAGCGAUAGCGACCUGACGUGUGACUCCAGCACGAGUUCGUCGGGCGACGACGAAGAGGUUUCAGGGAGCAGCAAGACAAUCACUGCAGAGAUACCAGAUGGACCUCCAGUUGUAGCUCAUUACGACAUUUCGGACACAAACUCGGACCCCGAAGUGGUAAAUGUGGACAAUCUGUUGGCGGCUGCGGUCGUUCAAGAGCACAGUAAUUCUUUAGGAAACCAGGACUCGGGACCGGCCUGGAGAACCAGGGGGCUGCUGGAUGAGCUGAGCGCUGAGUCAGGUCAUUUGGAUCCAGGCUUCCUAGCAGGUGACAAAAUCUCCUCUGGUAAUGCCCAGAUCAAUGAAGAAAUUAAUAUCGCCUCUUCUGAUAGUGAAGUAGAGAUUGUUGGAGUUCAGGAACAUGCCAGGUGCGUGCAUCCCCGGGGGGGUGUGAUCCAGAGCGUCUCCUCCUGGAAGCACGGCGCGGGCGCGCAGCCAUGGACCGCGGUGGCUCCCCAGCAGAAUUGGUCCUCGCCCACCGAGGUCGUGGACCUGACUUUGGACGAGGACACCAGGCGCAAAUACCUCCUGUAA